AUGGCGACCCUUACACAUCCAGAGUGGGACAAAGAAACUGGUGGUCUGGAAGUUGCAAAGGCAUUCGCUGAUCAGAUCCGCGGGAAGAAUGUACUCAUCACUGGCGUGUCUCCUGAGAGUAUCGGCUCUUCGAUAGCCCUCUCCAUCGCCUCACAAGGUCCCGCGCUUGUCAUCCUCGCUUCGCGCACCAAGUCUAAGCUAGAAGAAGUCGUCAAGACCAUCAAAGAUGCCUAUCCAAACGCGAAUGUCAGGAUCGUUAUUUUGGACCUGAUGUCUCAAGAGUUCGUGAAGAGCGCCGCAAAGGAAGUAGCACAGCUGACCGACCAAUUGGAUAUAAUCAUCAACAACGCCGGUCUGAUGACGAUGCAACGUCAGACUACAAAGGAGGGCUUAGAGGCUCAAUUCGGCGCGAAUCACAUUGGCCAUUUCCUUCUUACCAGCCUGCUCAUACCUCAACUCCUGUCCUCUGCCUCCUCAUCGACUCCAGGGGCAACGCGGGUCGUCAAUCUGACAUCCCUCGGUCAUCAAAUCAGCCCAGUGCGUUUAUCAGACUACAAUCUUGAGAAGCGCAAUGAAGAUGUACCUGAAGAAGAGAGACAUGGGCCGUUGCUGGCAUGUUUUGCAAAGAACGCAGAUGACGGAUACAAUGGCUGGGUAGCAUAUGGGCAGGCGAAGACGGCGAAUAUCUUGUUUUCAGUGGGUUUAGACAACAAACUCGGGCCAAAGGGUGUGAGAAGUUACGCUGUACAUCCUGGAUCGAUAUUGACUGGCUUGAGUCGUGGCCUAGAUGCUAAUGAAGAAGCGGCGGUCAGAAAGACCAGCCGCUUUUGGAAGAAUCAUGACCAGGGUGCCGCUACUGUAAUGGUCGCAGCACUUGAUCCAGCUCUGAACGAGCCAAAAGGCGUGUUGCUGCAUGACUGUCAGAUGUGCGAUGCCAUGCCAUACGCGACAGAUCCGAAGUUGGCAGAGCGAUUGUGGGAGCUGAGUGAGACGCUGGUGCAGACGGAUCUAAAAUUGUAA